AUGGAAGAAGAAAAUCUUACAGUAGUUUCAGGAUUUCUUCUUCUGGGAUUUUCAAACAAACAAGAAUUGCAGCCCAUCACAUUCAUGAUUCUCUUUUUCAUGUAUCUGAUCACUGUGUUUGGAAAUCUGGCUAUCAUCCUAGCCACCAUUUCUAACUCCCACCUCCACACACCUAUGUACUUCUUCCUCUCCAACCUGUCCUUUGUAGACCUCUGUGUUACCUCUACAACCAUCCCAAAGAUGCUGUGGAACAUCCAGAACCAGGGAAAGCUGAUAAGCUAUGAAAGCUGCAUUACUCAGAUGUACUUUGUCAUACUCUUCGUAGGGAUGGAUGAUUUUCUCCUAACAGUGAUGGCCUAUGACCGCUUUGUGGCCAUCUGUCACCCCCUCCACUACACAGUCAUUAUGAAUCCAUGGCUUUGUGGCAUUAUGCUCCUGGUCUCCUGGAUCAUCAGUGUCUUGCAUUCCUUCUUACAAACCUUAAUGGUUUUGCAGCUGGGCUUCUAUACACAUUUAGAAAUCCCUCAUUAUUUCUGUGAACUUAAUCAGUUGAUUCAACUUGCCUGCACUGAUACCUUUCUUAAUGACAUAGUGAUGUAUUUUGCAGCCCCACUUCUGGGUGGUGGUCCCCUGGUUGGUAUCAUUUACUCAUACUCUAAGAUAGUGUCUUCCAUUUGUAGAAUCUCAUCAUCUCAGGGAAAGUAUAAAGCAUUUUCCACUUGUGCAUCUCACCUUUCAAUUGUCUCCUUAUUCUAUUGUACAUGCUUAGGAGUGUACCUAAGCUCUGCUGUUACCCACAGCUCACACUCAAGUGCAACAGCCUCAUUGAUGUACACAGUGGUCACACCCAUGCUGAACCCCUUCAUAUACAGUCUGAGAAAUAAAGACAUAAAGAAGGCUAUGAAAAGAUAUGUGGGGAUGGCAGCUACAUAG